CUCUCAUUCUCAAAUUUUCAUUCUUUCGCGUCCAUUGCGUUUAUAGUUCAUUUGUAAUUAAGAUAUCUAUUCCUUCAUUAACAAUGAUAACUGAUCAAGUAAAAGCUCACGACACUUCUCUCCCAUGCAAGAACAACAACUUCAGUUACGAUACGAAACCGACCUCCAUCACGAGGCUAACAUCAUGGCCAAUGGGUAAGGUAGAUCCAGCGGCCGCUCUGGCAAUGGCCCGCCCCGAGUUUGGAGAGCAUGGUGGUGUGAACUUGUCGAUCGAAAACUCGAUAACAUUCACGGUGAUGGAGGCGGAAACGAUGCGUAGGAUGUUUGAAGGGGAGUUGGGGCCCGAGCGGGAUUUCUUCAUCUACAGCCGCCACUUCAACCCGACUGUCAUGGCCCUCAGCCGGCAAAUGGCAGCAUUGGAAGGGACCGAAGCAGCGUAUUGUACGUCGAGUGGGAUGGCCGCUGUUUCAUCUGUUUUGCUGCAGCUUGUGAGCUCCGGCGGGCAUAUCGUGGCGUCGAGGACGCUCUAUGGCGGCACUCAUGCGUUGCUGUCGCAUUUUCUGCCGAGGGUAAGCAAGAUAACAACGACUUUUGUGGACGUGAGGAACCAUGAAAUGGUUAGAGAUGCCAUGGUAGAGGGAAAAACGAAGGUAUUGUAUUUUGAGACGGUGGCAAACCCGACGCUUACGGUGGCAAACAUCCCCGAGCUCAGUCGGAUGGCACACGAGAAGGGGGUGACUGUGGUAGUCGAUAAUACGUUCUCCCCCAUGAUCAUCUCACCGGCAAGGCUCGGUGCUGACGUUGUCGUCCAUAGCUGCUCAAAGUUUAUCAGCGGUGGUGCAGAUAUUAUUGCAGGCGCUGUUUGUGGGUCAAAAGAUUUGGUGAAUUCUAUGAUGGACCUUCACCAAGGCACAUUGAUGCUUCUGGGGCCAACAAUGAAUGCUAAAGUUGCAUCUGAACUCUCUCAAAGAAUCCCCCAUUUAGGCCUUCGAAUGAAGGAGCACUCUAACAGAGCUUUAGUUUUCGCUCAAAGGAUGAAGAAUCUCGGCCUCAAAGUCAUAUACCCUGGCCUCAACGAUCACCCUGACCACCAACUUCUAGGCUCCAUAGCCAACAAAGACUACGGCUAUGGUGGAGUUUUGUGCAUCGACAUGGGGACGGAGGAGAGAGCCAACAGACUCAUGAAUCUCCUUCAAAACCAUACACAUUUUGGUCUCAUGGCCGUUAGCUUGGGCUUCUUCGAGACCCUCAUGUCAUGUUCAGGUAGUAGCACAAGUAGUGAGUUAAACGGGGAGGAGAAGGAAUUGGCUGGCAUUUCUCCUGGAUUGAUUAGGAUGUCUGUUGGAUAUGUUGGAACUCUGGAGCAGAAGUGGAGCCAAUUGGAGAAGGCACUGUUGAAGAUGAAGGAUGUAGUUUAAUGUUUAAGGUUUUAAUUAAGUGUCUUAGGAAAGAAUAAACAUAUAUCUUCCAAAAGGGUGUGUGUUUUAGAAGGGGGUUAUUAAUUAAUUAAAGAUUGAGAUCUUAUAUGUGUAGUGAGUUAUAAAGAGAGAAUUGCACAUAUAUACACUUAGGUGUGUAUAUUUGUAUUUAUUUUAUGUAUUGGGGUUAAGGGGUCAAGUUUAUGUGGCUUCAUGUUUUUGGAGUCAAAUUGCAAGUUCAAUUGAAAUGAAAUGGAAAUUUAGAGUUCUUGCUAUCAAA